GUGCUUGACGACGCUGAGAGCGAUUUGACCUAAAUAUUACGCUGAAGUGUCUUCAAAAUUACCUGCUUUUUUUUGCCAAAGUAUGACUUUUAACUGCUCCUGCUGAGAAAGCCUAACAAUGUCGGCUCAUAGUGGCGGUCUUCUGCCUCCGGACGAAUUGGCAGAUUUACACAUUUUUGUCGUUCCCUUGGAUCUGUGGCUCGAAAAAUACCGUACAGCCUUUAACAACAUUGCGUUGGAGUCCGUUUCUGCUGGAUUUGUCCGGGUUCAGCCGUAUAUUUCUUUGAACUAUCUACGAGAUCACAUCGAGGAACAACUAGGACCAGAAAUUGUUCCAGAAGACUACAUAUUCCUAAGAUCUGUUGGAAGAUGUAUGGCCGUGGUCAAAGAAAAUCAAGAGCGUUUGCUCAAAGCUAAGGACUUUUUACCCCCUGUGGCCUAUAGCCCAGAAAUUUUUAUCCUUCCUGGAACACAUGAAACUUUUGCAAGACCAGCAGAGAAUGCUACUAACACCAUUAUACAAACUCAUGGCUUCACAACAGCUGGUAUGGCGUCAAUUCAGCCUCAUCAGCUACCACCUGCAGGGCACAUUCAAAAUCCUUUAGUUCAUCAAAAUGUACUGCCAGGUGGUUAUAAUCUCCCUCAUCAAUCUGCGACACAAGGGGAGCCAGUUGGUUCUCUCAAUCGCGUUGAAAAAAGUAGCAGAUCUCAGAAAUCUGUUUCAGAAGAUGAGGGAAGCAGUGACCAUGAGAGAACACAAGAUGGUGGAAAUCAAGAGAAUGACAAGAGGCGGCAGUCGUUAGAAGAUAGAAGUGAUGGAUCCUCUGAGAAUGACAGUGGAUUAGUGGAUGAUAGGAGAGAACGUAAGAAAAAACAGAAAAAGGAAAGUUGGAAUGAACAACAGGAAGACAAAUCUUCUCUUGUUGCAUCCAAGUUGAAAAAGAACAAAAUGCAAAAGAAAGGAAGCAGUGGUUCAGAUGGAAGUAAUCAAUUAGAAACAAAAACUGUGAAGUUUAUUCAACCAGAGGUGUAUCAGACUCUGCCUGUUCCUGGUCAAAAUGGGGCAAGGGUUUCUACCCCAACACCUAUUCCAUCUGGGCGUGUCAUUUCAUCACCAUUUCCUGGCCAAGAGGCUGAACUAGUCACAGUUCCUUCUGGAAAUGUGAACUCCGCUGAUAUAAAUGUAAGUAAUAAUAAUCCAAGUGGUAAAGUUGAUGAGAAAGGUGCAACUCAUGGAGAUAGAAAGAAGAAGCCAGCUGACUCCAAAGGAGGGAAAAAGAAAAGGAGAGACAGAUCACGAUCACCUUCUGUUGAGCGAACUCAGCCUAAAGAACAGAGUGGUCAAAAGGAAGGUAGUGGAGAUGUUAUUUAUGAGGUUACCAAUGAUUCAGCUGUGUAUGGUGAAGUGACUAUGAGUCGUGUAGAUACACCUCCAAGUUUAAGUGAAGUGGAAGAGAGAUCCAAAUUUGUUCAGUUCCCUUCUCCAGCAAAAGGAGCAAGAAGGCCGCCAUUGCCUGAUGAACUGGAGUAUGGCAAUGCUUUUACCAAUGGAUUACAAGACUUGAAUGGGCGUAAUCUGCAUGAUAGUGAAGACAAUUUGGAUGACUAUCAUAAUGGUAAUGAACAGCAAGGACUGGCUGCAGAAGGAAAUAGCAACAAUGAUCAGAUGGGAUUCAAUGAUUCAGAACUAAAUGAUGAGAAGGAUAGUUCGAGGGACACACAGCAGGGUGCAGAAGGAAAUGUUGGUGCUUCAGGCAAGGACAAUAGUAAAAUGAAUACAAAAGACAAUGCAAAGAAAAUUGGUGUGAAACCAAAUGCUACAAAAGGAAAAAAAGUUGUCAAAAAACCUGCUAAAAAACCUGUGGAAAAUAUUGAAGACAAAUUCAAAAUCCCUCAGCUUCCUAAGGCCCCCACCCCACCACCCAUGAAGUACCCCAAGAGGGGUAAUAAGGAACUUGAAGCAGACACUGCAUCGGCUAAGGAGAGGAAACGCCUUGAGUUAGAGGAAUUGAAAGCCGAGUUACGAAAAGCCAAGUCUACCAGGGUGGAGAUGGAGAAGGAGAGAGAGUCAAAAGUGCGAAGAGCCAAGAUGUUGCAGAAUCAAAUGAUGCAGAAAAGGAAUCAAUCAAAGAACAUUUGGAAGAAGAAGUUUUUUGAGGAGAAGAGAAAAACAGCUGCACUGGAGGAACAAGUUAACAGACUAAGACAUGAGGUUGAUGCUCAACACAAGACUCUGAUGUCUUACUUGGAAAGUAAAGAACGAGAAAGUGGAAGACCUCAAGCUGGAGUGGACUUCAAGUCACCGUCUGAAAAGACAAACCAACGCAUGACUUUGGUACGGUUACAGCAUGAGGUUGAAGAAUUAAGGAGAAGAAUUGAAGAACUGAAAGCUAAACUUACGGCCGAGAUGAAGAAUCGUGACGCCGCCCAGAAGGAGUUGAAACAAAUUCGAGAAGAUUUGAUGGAGAAGAAGAUCAACCUUACUCUGACAAAAUCACAAAAAGGCCUGGCAACUCUGGCGAACCCGGAAAACAUUGCUGUGUGAUACGUUACGUGCGUGUGAUUCGUUACGUGUUGUGACGCGUUAUGGGAUGAAAUAGCUGCAGUGAAACCUCAAAGUUAAGAUGUGUGUUAUGUACGAUUCCAAAAACGCCUAAUAGCGGAUAAAGAAGUGGGCAAGAAGUGUUGUGAAAUAAAAUUUUGUAGGUCACUCUGUUCAAAACAGUAUUAACGUGUAUUUAUUUAUUUUAUCGAUCAUUAAUAUCUAAGAAGUGUAUCAUAUAUUUUUGACUAAGUGAGCCACUCGGCUUAAAACCAUUAUAGGUAGUUUUGCUAUAGAAAUAUUAUUGUGCCCUUGAAUAAAUUGUUAUCGUUAUUAAAA